AAAAACCGUAAAGUUGGCACGUAGCAAAGAAUAGUUGGCAACAAACCGCACAGCUGCACGUAAAUCAAGUGACCGGAAACGACGAUGAAAGUAAGGAAUCUGUUUACAGGGUUGCGGAACUUCAUGGUCGUCUACACCAGCUGUAUGGAAACUGAAGUGCUUUGAAAUGAAUUUUUACACGUUAUUUCUCAUAUAUCUUCCAAUUGUUAAUGCAGGUAAAUCUUCCCACUCUCUGUGGGGGUUAGCAACACACGUACUUGGAGAGACAGAGUUUCCUGAAUUCUGUGUUUUGUGGAUGCUGGAUGAUGUUCAGGUGGGAUACUAUGACUCCAAUUCCUGGAGAUUUAUCUCUAGGACCGAUGAGAACAUAGAUGAGGAGUAUUCAAAAACAGUUCAGGGUGCGUCUUGGGACGUGUACCUCAGUAUGAGGAAGCGGUCGUCCCUCUUACAGCACCGCUUUAACUCCACAACAGGAAUAUUUGUUCAUCAGAGACUUAUUGGUUGUGAAUUGGAGGACAAUGAAAAGCAAGGCCAACUCAUGAUAAAGGAAGCGUUCAAUGGAAUUGAUGGAGGUGUUCUGAACUUCAACAAACUGCAGUACAAUUACCAUCCUAAGUGGCCAGAACUUGAGUUUAAUCAACAAAGGACACAGUACAUUCAAAUGGGUCUUGACAAGGUUUAUCUCCCUAUUUGCAUUAAAUCAUUAAAGGACUACCUGAAGAAAGAAGAGAAACUGGUCAUGAGAAAAGUGCGUCCUAGAGUAAGACUCAUUUCAAAAGAAAGCACAGAUACUGAAGGGGCCAAGAUCACCUGCCUGGCCUUUGGUUUCUACCCCCGCCACAUCAACCUCACCCUGCUGAGAGACGGCCAACCUGUGGCAGAGCAUGAGCUCAAAGGGGGGCAAUUGCUACCGAAUGGAGACUGGACGUACCAGCUGAGAAAGAGUCUGACAAUCACUGUCCAGGAGCUGAGAGAGAGACCCAACUACACCUGCACUGCCAAUCACAUCAGUAUGGACAACAAGCUGGAUGUCAGUUGGGUUCCUGAUACUGGCCCAGAUAGCGCCUCCAUCAUUCCAGUCGUUCUGGUAAUGGCAGUCGUGUUAAUUCUGAUUGGGAUCCUUGUUGUUAUUGGCAUGUGGAAGUGGAAACACGCAGGCGUUCCUACAUUUUCUGGACAUAUAUACUCUGCUGCCAAAGAUACUGAGACAGAACAGAGUAACUCCUCUUUAGAGACAGAAUCAACAGAUUCUUGAUACUACUGUACUCAUAACAUCUCUGCUGAAGAUGAAAGGAAGUGGAUGAUGCUCACCUAUUUCAAAAGUAAAAUGAACAAAUCCAUAACUAAUCCUCAAGCAAGCUUUUCACUCCAGCAAUGUUCCAGGGUAACUCACUAAUAUGGUUAAUGGCACAGGGAUAGCCUAAACUGUAAUUGAUUUCAUCAACAUACACGUCUUUUAAUUUUUUUAUAAUUUGACCUUUUAAAAAAAAAAUAUAUAUAUGUGUGUGUGUGUACAAUUUCAUAAGACAAAUCAUAUACAACGUUAAACAAUAAGUCCGUCCAUUGUAUUGCACCAUGAACUUUUAAUGAUUGCUACAGUCCUCAUUUAAGUCUGAUAUCUGGAACUGUAGCCUAUAACCUGUAGUGUAUUGCCAGUCUUGCUGUGUCUGCCUAUUAUCAAAAAAGGACCACAAAUGGAAAUAAGUCCAAUGAAAAAUAAUCUAUAAUUGUAUUGUGUUAGAUUUGAUACCGUAAAAUGUAAAUAAUAGUAAAUGUACUGGCUGUAUAAUGUGUUUUUUAAAUUGUCAAAUAAAUCAAUCCAUGUUUAUUCAUC